AUGGGGACCGCCUCGUCGCUCGUGAGCCCUGCGGGCGGGGAGGUGAUCGAGGACACUUAUGGGGCGGGCGGCGGCGAGGCCUGCGAGAUCCCGGUAGAGGUGAAGCCCAAGGCCCGCCUGCUGCGCAGCUCGUUCCGCCGUGGCGCGGCAGCAGCGGCGGCGGGGGCAGGGCCCGGGUCGCUGCCCCGCGGGGCCACUGGCGGCGGGCUGCUGGGGGCUAGCUUUAAGUCUACCGGCUCGUCCGUGCCGGAGCUGGAGUACGCAGUGGCUGAGUACGAGCGGCUGAAGAAGGAAUACGAGAUCUUCCGGGUCAGCAAGAAUCAGGAGUUGUUGUCCAUGGGCCGCCGCGAGGCCAAGCUGGACACGGAGAACAAGCGCCUGCGGGCCGAGCUGCAGGCCCUUCAAAAAACUUAUCAGAAAAUACUUCGGGAAAAGGAAAGUGCUUUAGAAGCAAAAUACCAAGCAAUGGAGAGGGCAGCGACAUUUGAACAUGACAGAGAUAAAGUGAAAAGGCAAUUCAAGAUUUUUAGGGAGACCAAGGAAAAUGAAAUUCAGGAUUUACUGAGGGCUAAGCGAGAGUUGGAGAGCAAACUUCAGAGGCUCCAGGCUCAGGGGAUUCAAGUAUUUGAUCCUGGAGAGUCUGAUUCAGAUGACAACUGUACAGAUGUUACUGCUGCUGGAACCCAGUGUGAAUAUUGGACCGGAGGAGCCUUGGGAAGUGAACCUUCCAUAGGGAGUAUGAUCCAGCUUCAGCAAUCCUUCAGGGGCCCUGAGUUUGCCCAUAGUUCUAUAGAUGUGGAAGGACCCUUUGCAAAUGUCAACAGAGAUGACUGGGAUAUUGCUGUAGCUAGUUUAUUACAAGUUACUCCCUUGUUUUCACACUCUCUGUGGAGUAACACUGUCAGAUGUUACCUCAUUUAUACAGAUGAAACCCAGCCUGAAAUGGAUCUUUUCCUUAAGGACUAUUCACCUAAACUUAAAAGAAUGUGUGAGACAAUGGGAUAUUUUUUCCAUGCUAUAUAUUUUCCACUAGAUAUUGAAAAUCAGUACCUUGCUGUAAGAAAAUGGGAAAUUGAGAAGAGUUCAUUAGUUAUUUUAUUCAUUCAUUUAACUUUACCAAGCCUGUUAUUGGAAGACUGUGAAGAAGCUUUUCUGAAAAACCCUGAAGGCAAACCACGAUUAAUUUAUCAUCGCUUGGAGGAUGGGAAAGUCAGUUCCAACUCCGUCCAGCAAUUGAUUGAUCAAGUUUCUAACCUGAACAAGACCAACAAAGCCAAGAUCAUUGAUCACUCUGGAGAUCCUACAGAAGGAGUAUAUAAAACUUAUAUUUAUGUGGAAAAGAUUAUUAAACAGGACAUCCUGGGCUCUGAGAACACAGACCUGGAGACUAAGGAUUUGAGCAGUGAAGAUUCUGUUCCAGAAGAUGAUGAUUUUGGUGAUGUUUUGUGGGACAUACAUGAUGAACAAGAGCAAAUGGAAACUUUUCAACAGGCUACAAAUUCAGCCCAUGAGUUGGGAUUUGAGAAGUAUUACCAACGCCUUAACGAUCUAGUGGCGGCCCCAGCACCAAUUCCACCUCUUCUUGUAUCUGGAGGACCAGGUUCUGGAAAGUCCCUUCUCUUAUCAAAGUGGAUUCAGUUACAACAGAAGAAUUCCCCUAACACGCUAAUUCUUUCUCAUUUUGUGGGAAGGCCCAUGUCAACCAGCUCCGAGUCCUCCUUGAUUAUUAAACGACUAACUCUAAAGUUGAUGCAGCACUCUUGGUCAGUAUCUGCUCUGACAUUGGAUCCAGCUAAGCUUCUGGAAGAAUUUCCACGCUGGCUAGAAAAACUCUCUGCCCGUCAUCAAGGCAGCAUCAUCAUCAUUAUUGAUUCUAUAGAUCAAGUUCAGCAAGUUGAAAAACACAUGAAAUGGCUGAUAGAUCCACUGCCAGUGAAUGUAAGAGUAAUUGUUUCUGUGAAUGUAGAAACAUGCCCUCCAGCGUGGAGGUUGUGGCCUACACUUCAUCUUGAUCCUUUAAAUCCAAAAGAUGCAAAAUCUAUUAUAAUUGCAGAGUGCCACUCUGUGGGCAUUAAGCUGAGUAAAGAGCAGGAGAAGAAGCUAGAACGACACUGUCGUUCUGCUACGACCUGCAAUGCCCUUUAUGUCACCCUUUUCGGCAAAAUGAUCUCACGUGCUGGGAGAGCAGGCAAUUUAGAUAAAAUCCUUCAUCAGUGUUUCCAGUGUCAAGAUACUAUUUCAUUAUAUAGACUUGCUCUGCGAUCUAUCCAGGAGUCCAUGGCAAAUGAUAUGGAUAAAGAACUAAUGAAACAGAUUCUCUGCCUCAUAAAUGUUAGUCACAAUGGCGUGAGUGAAUCAGAACUGAUGGAACUCUACCCUGAGCUGUCCUGGGCUGUCUUGACCUCCCUUGUUCACAGUUUACACAAAAUGUGCUUAUUGACUUAUGGUUGUGGCUUGCUCAAGUUUCAACAUCUACAGGCUUGGGAAACAGUAAGACUGGAAUACAUGGAAGGUCCCACCAUUAUUUCUUCAUGUAGGCAAAAGCUAAUCAACUAUUUCACCAUGCAGCUAAGUCAGGACCGAGUGACUUGGAGAAGUGCAGAUGAGCUCCCUUGGCUUUUUCAGCAGCAGGGAAGUAAACAGAAGUUGCAGGAUUGCCUUCUCAAUCUCUUUGUGUCUCAGAACCUUUAUAAAAGAGGACACUUUGCCGAGUUGCUGAGUUACUGGCAGUUUGUUGGCAAAGACAAAAGCGCAAUGGCAGCAGAAUACUUUGAUUCCUUGAAGCAGUAUGAGAAAACCUGUGAAGGCGAGGAGAACAUGAUUUGCUUGGCUGAUCUUUAUGAAACCCUGGGGCGAUUUCUCAAGGAUCUAGGCCUCCUCAGUCAGGCUGUGGUGCCUUUGCAGAGGUCCCUAGAAAUUCGAGAAACAGCUUUAGAUCCCGAUCACCCAAGAGUGGCUCAGUCCCUCCACCAAUUAGCAAGUGUGUACGUGCAGUGGAAGAAGUUUGGCAAUGCAGAACAGCUGUAUAAACAGGCCUUAGAAAUCUCUGAAAAUGCUUAUGGUGCAGAACAUCCCCAUAUUGCUCGUGAACUUGAGGCACUGGCAACUUUGUACCAGAAACAAAAUAAAUAUGAGCAAGCUGAACAUUUUAGGAAAAAAUCCUUUAAAAUUCGUCAGAAGGUUACAAGGAGAAAAGGCAACUCGUAUGGAUUCGCCCUCUUACGUAGACGAGCCCUGCAGUUAGAAGAGCUCACUCUAGGAAAGGACACACCUGACAAUGCUCGGACCCUCAAUGAGCUGGGUGUUCUCUACUAUCUUCAGAAUAACCUGGAAACAGCUGACCAGUUUCUGAAGCGGUCCUUAGAAAUGAGAGAGCGAGUCCUAGGACCAGAUCACCCCGACUGUGCCCAGUCUUUAAAUAAUCUGGCGGCUCUAUGCAAUGAAAAGAAACAGUAUGAUAAAGCAGAAGAACUUUAUGAAAGAGCUUUAGACAUUCGGAGACGAGCAUUAGCUCCUGAUCACCCUUCUUUGGCCUAUACAGUGAAACAUCUUGCAAUCUUGUAUAAGAAAAUGGGGAAACUUGACAAAGCUGUACCUUUGUAUGAGCUGGCUGUUGAAAUUCGGCAGAAAUCCUUUGGCCCAAAGCACCCCAGUGUAGCUACUGCCCUGGUGAACUUAGCUGUUCUCUAUAGCCAAAUGAAAAAACACAUUGAAGCCUUGCCAUUAUAUGAAAGAGCAUUAAAGAUUUAUGAGGACAGCCUGGGUCGGAUGCAUCCUCGAGUUGGAGAAACAUUAAAAAAUUUAGCCGUGCUUAGCUAUGAAGAAGGGGAUUUUGAAAAAGCUGCUGAACUAUACAAAAGGGCGAUGGAAAUAAAAGAAGCAGAAACGUCACUUUUGGGUGGAAAAGCUCCUUCCCGACACUCCUCAAGUGGAGACACGUUUAGCUUAAAAACAACCCAUUCUCCUAAUGUUUUCCUUCAAGGACAGAGGUAAUAGCAAUUACAAUUCAUUGCAAAUGCACCUUAGGAUAAAAUAAUUAAGAAAUAUUUGGAACCUAAGAAUUUAAAACAAAAAAAUAUUGAGUUUAUUUUUAUUUUGUGUGAUUUAACUGCCAUGUGCCUAAAAUUGCAUAGGACUACGUUCAAGUUUGAGUCAUGAUUGUGUCAGUGUUAGCUGCUUAAAAGAAUUAACUUUCUUAAUGUGUGGGAUCCAUGGAUGCGGACACAUUAGAACCCUAAAAUGACAUGAAGAAUUGAUCAUGAAGAGUGGCUGUUCUCUGUUCAAAAAGAGCUGGCACAGCUGUGAAGACAAGGAGUUCAAUUCCAUAAUUCUUUAAUCUCUCAAGAGCUACACUGGCCUCACCAUUCCUGCUUGUGCUUUUCAGCAGUAGCCUGGCCCAAAUCUCUACCUCAAAGAAAAGUUUCAAGAAAUAAAGGGAUAAUGUUCAUGGAAGGUUUUAAUUAUUUUCUGUAAAAUGAACUAGUAACAGUUGUCUCUGACUGCUACAUUUUUUAAAAAAGUCUACCUUUUCCAUGAGCAGACUGGGCCAAGCCCUCUGCUUUCUGCUCUCUCUACAUUGUUCUGUUGUGUUCUGUGUAUCUCCAUAAUCUGAAGUUUUUAAUGCAGUAAGUCAAGCUCUUAGCAUUCUUUGACCUUCCCCAAAAUAGGGACAUGACAGUCUCCUCUUCUUUCUUAAAUGGCCUAAAUCUAUCUCUUCAUUUAUCUCAAACUCAGAUUAGUCUAUUUUAUAUUGAAAAUGAAAUAUGUUUUACAGGUUUUAUAAAAGUUGUCACAUUUUGGUUUUGUGCCAUUUAUGUAUUUAUACAUAAUAUAGAAACAUAAUAAAACCUUCAAUUUUAAUACCUUUAAGAUUCCAACAUAUUAAUUAUAAAGGUGAAAGAUAUAACCAUACUUCACUGUUUUAAAAUAAAAGUGCAAUUUCAAGGUAUUUUUUCCCACUUCAAUUUAUACAAGAGUUGUAGUUACAUAAUUAAUACUUUGAACAUUACAAAAAAUACUUGAAAAAUAUCCAUACUGAAUAGUUUGCUCAAAUUAAGUUUUGGCAACUUUAUUGGGUUUUGGUUAAUGUUCUGUAAGGCUUGGCUACACACAGGGUGGUCCAUGAACUGGGAUCAUCAGUAUGAAAAAUUAGCUUAUGAAAAAUUAAGACUCUAGAGCCUCUCCUCAGACCUACUAAAUCAGAAUCUGCAAUUUGGCUAGAUCUCCAGGUGGUUCAUAUGCACCUAAGUUUGAGAAGCAAUGGUCUGAUUUUAAGGCACUAUAGUGGUGACGUACAAGAAUUUGGCAGGAUCUUAUAAAAUGAGCAUCCUUCUUCCCCUUUUGAAAGAAGUUCAAAAGGAAAGAAGAUAAAAUAUGACCAUAGUACAUCUUUCUGGGUUUGCCAGCUAUGACAGGCACAAAGUAAUUAAAUUCACAAAUUACCAUACACUGAUUUCAGAAUUAAGCUACUAAAGUUUAAAAUUUGAUUAUCUGGUAAUAUAGUAAUUUAAUACACUAUAAGUAGUAUAUUAAGUUUAAUGCCCUUAAAAAAAAACUGCUUUAGGAAAUAAUCUGAGAUUAAUAUUCUAGAAGAACCCUGAAAAAAGGAAAAACUAGCAAAAGAAUAAUAGGCAUUUAUUCUUUGUCCCCACAAAAUUUGGACUUGAAAAACAUAGUGGAAAUAUAAUAGCAUUCAAAGUGAUUUAUGGUAAAAAUUCGUAAUUACAGUUAGGGGUUGAGGACUCCAUAUAUUUCAUAAAAUUUAAGUUUAAAUAUACUUUUGAAGCUGCAUUUUGACCUUAUUGUACUACCAACUAAAAUGUUUUCAUGUAAAGUGUCUACUUAAAAAGCUAAAAAUAGGGGCGCCUGAGUGGCUCAGUCGGUUAAGUGUCCGCCUUCAGCUCAGGUCAUGAUCCUGGAGUCCUGGGAUCAAGCCCAGCAUCGGGCUCCCUGCUCAGCAGGGAGUCCGCUUCUCCCUCUUCCCCUCACCCCCGCUCGUGUUCUCUAAUAAAUAAAAUCUUAAAAAAAAAAAAGCUGGGACAGACAUCUCUUUGUAUUUGAGGUUCUCUAAUAGAAAUAUGUUCACAUUGAUACACACCUUCAUGAUGAAAAAGGUAGCUUUCAGACAACUCAGUUACAUCUGAAUUGGUAGGAACCAGAUAAUGGUAGUUAUAGUUAAUUUUCAUUAAGAUUGGCAGAAAGAGAAAUAUGGAAAAAAACUGCAAUUGGAGGGUUAAAUCUUCCUUAAUAUUCUUAAAUGGUUAUUACUUUUUUGUGUUGAUCUGUGUGUUUGUAGGUAUUCAACAAGUAUUUUAUGUGAGAAAACCUAGGAUGCAUAUUUUUUUCACUACAUAAAACAUUUAAGUGGUACAUAAAUUAAAACUUCCCAUUCACAAUGGGGAAGGGGUUAAAGCUGAACAUAUUGUUUUACUGUAAUUUAGAGCCUUUGUGCUAUGGCAAUUUGGGGAGUGUGUUUCAUUCUUUCACAUUAGAAACAACAGUGUUUAAAAAUAUGGUCAAGCACUACAGAUUUAUUUAGUAAUAUAAAACUCGGUGAUGAUUAAUUUCUCAUAAUUGGCUACUAUAUGUAAGUUUUCAUGGCAUACAGACUGUUAAGAGAGCACUCCAGGUAGCAAAAGAUACCUGUUACCAGGUUUUUUUCUGGUAAAAUCAUCCAACUAUUUUUUAAUGGAAGACAUUAGACAAAUUAGAUAACUUAGGUAAUAGUUGAUACAGUAUAAGACACCAGCAGUGUGCAAUGGCAUGUUAAGAGCAGAACAAAGGUGAGUUCUGGCUAUUAUACUUCAUCAAACUAUACAAUUUUUAAAUCAUAAGCAAAGUGUAGUCGUGAGUUCAAGCCCCGUGCUGGGUUCCACGCUGGAGGUGGAGCUUACUUUAAAAAAAAAAAAAUUAUAAGCAAAGCCUUACCAAAUCAGUAUACCAGAUGUUCCAAAAGAAUGGGGUUAUUUUUAGAAAGACUACAUUUCUUUUUUGAAGUUCAAAACAUCUCGAGUAACUAGAAAAAACUACUUUACAGAUGAAUUCACUAUUUCUUUUUUAAUGGCAAA